CAUUGCCAAUAGGAAUAAAUGCAGAUAUAUUGUCGGUGAGUGACACAGUUUGGCAAACCAACAAUGUGUUGGAAGUAAGUCACCGACAUCUCUAGAUGCACAUGCAAAAUCAGCACAAUCCUGAACCAUGGGUGUUUUUGAAGGGGCUGAUUACUUACUCGAAUGGUGUUUUGAACGAUUAUAAUGAGGCUACUGAUGGAGGACAAGUAAGAGAACCUCAACGACAAGUUUGGAUAGAUCAGCAAAGGAAUUUAGAUAGAUCAUUGAGGCUGUUUAUAGAAGGACGCUACUCAAUGUCAGAAUUUUUAAUAUGUGCUAGGCAUUCAACACCAACUUUUGGUGUAAUACGGCCUCAACACCAAGCUAUUGUAAUACUUCCACAAGCACCACUAGCUAUAUUACCACUGCACGUUGAUCAGCAUCAGGAACUGCAACUUCCAGCUUUUCCUGUGCUCCCUGCUACUGCUUUACCGCAGGCACCACUACAAGAAGCACCAGCUUUAUUACCACUGCUCGUUGAUCAGGAACUAAUUCGAGAUGAAAUAAUGAGAAGGAUUUUACCACGUAGACCAGCAGUGCCCGUUCCUCGAGAUCUUUUUUAUAAUCUCGAUGCUGAUACAGAUUAUUCAGAUGAAGAUGUGUCUAACGAACAGUCUGUGAUACCAUCAGUUAUUUACAUUGAACGUGUAGAUUUGACAAUUGUGCCAAUAGUAGAGGAAACAUGUUACAUAUGUUUGUACAGUCCAUCAACAGUAGUAGCUUAUCCAUGCUUACACCAAGGCCUAUGUGGAGCUUGUCAUGAUAGCUAUUCAAGAAUGCCUCCGAAUGAGCACAGGCCAUAUUACCGCUGUCCACUUUGUAGAGCUGGAAUAGAAAUCUACUAUAUAUUAGCAUGA